AUGCAUUACCCACAUGAUUUUCAUCAGCCACCUCACGCGUCUAAUCCAGACGACGCGUCUGCUUCCCUCGGUUCACUUGAUCAAUACGAUCCUGAUGAUCCACCUGACCCAGACGAUCCUUAUUAUCCACACGACCCAUACGAAUCGGACGAUACACAUGAUCCCUACCAUCCGGAGGAUCCACAUGAUCCGUAUGACCCCCAGGGACCAAAUGACCCCUACAAUUCUGACGAUCCAAAUGACCCCUACGAUCUUGACGAUCCAAAUGACCCCUACGAUCCUUACGAUCCAAAUGACCCCUACGAUCCUGACGAUCCAAAUGACCCCUACGAUCCUGAUGAUCCACAUGACCCCUACGAUCCCGACGAUCCACAUGAUGCAUAUUACCCAAACGAUCCAUAUGAUGCAUAUUACCCAAACGAUCCAGAAAUACAGUACGGUGUUUACGGAAGCACGAAGAAGCCAAACACAAUAAUAGAUUUUACGUCCUGCAAAACCCUUACGCCUGAGGAAAAAAUAGAAUUUUUCUUCUACAGCACGAGCACCUAUCUAUAUUUUACGAAAGAAAUGAAGAAACGCAUUUUCGCAACUGGGCCCAUGCUGACUAAAAAAUACAUGACGGAAAUCUUUUUGGACUUAUGUAAUGAACAGAAGCAGAAUUUCCUCUUCAUGAAGGAAGCCAUUUCCCAAUUAUCUUUCAUGUUAGCAGCUCAAUUUAAUUUGCCAAAUGAAAGACGAUCCAAAUAUUUAACCCAUGUGAAUAAUAAACUGAACAAAGUAAUGAACCGAUUUGAUCUUCGCGAUCGUUCUGACUUCAAUCAGUUCCUGAUGCAAAAAAAACGUCACUCUGCUGAAGAUUUCGAGUAUUUUAUCCAAGACAGAAUUUGCUUAUGGAAUAAAAUUACCAGAGAAAAUAGAUAUGAAUCAUUCCUAGAAUUGUAUAAGAAUUUAAAAAAAUGUUCCAUGAGAAAUAAAUCUCGCGAUAAUGAUACAGGUUAUCAACCUCCGCAGAUAAUUGACCUUUAUACUGCUAAUAACCCAGACAUGCCCCAUGACACCCUUAACGCGAGUAACCCACCCAUGCCACAUGACCCCCUCAGUGCUAGCACCCCCGCUACGCCUUACAACACUUUUAAUGACAUCAAUUAUCCCUUACAGUACAGCAAUGUUCACGUCGACGGUAGUAUACCUACGCCUUACAGCAAUGUGAGUGUAAUAACGAAACCCAUGGGAUACGGGAACUUUAGCACUGGUACUCCCACUGCGCAGUAUAGCAAUUUAGGAACCCCUACCACCCCAAUGCCGUACAGCAAUAUAUGCACUACUAACGCUGCCAUUGCCGCCAUACAACAAGGCGCAUACAGUCCUAUCAUCGCCACCAUACCGCAAGGCACUCAGAACCCUACCAUCAACCCUACCAUCGUAGCCAUACCACAAGGCACCCAGAACCCUACUAUAGCUGCCAUACAACAAGGCACACAGAACCCUACUAUAGCUGCCAUACAACAAGGCACACAGAACGCUACCAUCGGCGCCAUACCACAAGGCGCAUACAACCCGAUCAUCGCCACCAUACCGCAAGGCACAUACAGCCCUAGCAUCGUCGCCAUACCACAGGGCGCAUACAACCCGGGCAUCGUCGCCAUACCCCAAGGCACCUACAACCCUAGCAUCGUCGCCAUAGCGCAAGGCACACAGAACCCUGCCAUCGCCGCCAUACCACAAGGCGCAUACAAUCCUAUCAUCGCCACCAUACCCCAAGGCACCCAGAACCCUACCAUCGUGGCCAUACCCCAGGGCACACAAAACCCUACCAUCGUGGCCAUACCACAAGGCGCGUACAACCCUAGCGUCGCCGCCAUACCGCAAGGCACACAGAGCCCUACCACCAAACACGUCACAUUCGAAAUGGAGACUGAAAACGAAGCGUCCAAGCAGAAGAAGAAAAAGAAAUGA